AAAUGGGAAGCCACUUUCUUUUUUGGAUAAAUUUACUAAUUAUACAUGGCUGUUAUCUCUAGACAUUAUAAACCUCGCAAUCUUCGCCGUUUUAUCUUCUCGUUCCCCAAUCUACAAUCCCUAACUCUCACACACAUUCUUCAUUGGGAAUCUACUUCCUUCUUUUUAGAAAAAGCUCAAAGUGUAUAUCUUUAUGAGUUUCUUCGUUCUUAGCUAUUGAUGUCUACUACUACCUCUACGUAAUGGGUUUUGCUUCAUUUCUCAAUCUUUCGAGUAAAGUCGAUGGCUUUGGAUGUGGGCUCUUCGUUUUUUGCAGUUUCUCUCAGAUUCUCAAUCUCUUCUUUCUCGUUUGCUUGCUUGCUUUGUCACUCAAGUUUCUGCUCUUCAAGUGUCCUUCCUCGUUUCUACAGUCUCUAGAGAAGAUAUAUCGAGUCUCUCCGAAGAUUGAGUGUUGCAGUUCCUUCGAUCAAGACAACAGCAAAGAUGGGUUUGUAUCCAAAUCUUGUUUGGUUGAUGAGCUGGAUCAGAAGAAAGCUAUCAUCUUACACUGGAACCCUGAUUCUGCUGAUGAAUUGAAGAAGAGCUGUGAGAACUGUGAUAAACUUCUUCUAAGCGACGAGCUUAAUCUCAGAACGAACAGAGACACUGCUCCAGCGUCAUCGGAGACAGAGGAAAGCGAGGACGAGGAGGAGUCACGUGAAGAUCAGGUGUUCGACGUUAUUACUCUGAGAAAAAUGGUGAAGAGAGAAAAGAAACGCGGAGAUGGUUUGAAGAUGGAGCUGGAGAAGGAGAGAAGAGCGGCGGAAACAGCUGCUGGAGAAGCCAUGGCUAUGCUUCUGAAGCUACGGAUGGAGAAGAGCGCGGUGGAGAUGGAGGCGAAUCAGUACAAGAGAGUCGCGGAACAGAAGCAAGUCUAUGACCAAGAAGUGAUUCAAUCGUUACAGUGGAUGUUGAUGAAGCUCGAUGACGGAGAUAAUAAUAAGAUUCAAGACUAAAAAAACUCUUUGAUCGUCCUCUUUGUAUGCAUAUAAAUAAACAAAAAAUUUAGACAUGUAUUUUUGAUUAACACAGUUGAAAGUUUGAAACUGAACUGAAUUUAUCUUACGUGGCAAUUUUAGACAA